AUGGUAGUCAGGUCACAGCGGCAGCCUAUUUUAGUUGCGACGACGCGCCUAGCGACGACUGCCGUGACUGUUUUGGACGAGGCUUCGCCCGCCUGGAACAAGGGUGUCAAGGCCGAGCUGGAGGAACUGUCUUGUUAG